AUGUUUAAUGGUGAAGUUCGAGAACCUUUGACCAUUGUAAGUUUUGCUCUCCAGCACCAGGCAGCUUUCAAAGAAGCAAACGAUUGCUCUUUGUUAGCCCUUUCUCAACGUUCAUCCCAUCCCUGGUCAAUGCCUCCUGCUCCCCACUAUAAGGUCAAUUUUGACACUUCCAUUUCUACUAUUAAGCAAGUUUUUAGUAUUGGUGUGGUCAUCCGUAGUUAUGAUGAUUUUGUGGCAACAAUAACGAUAACAAAGACGGUUGUCGAGAAAUUUGACAGGAAUGUCAACUUCGGCAUGUGGCAGCUCAAGAUGGAGGCCAUUAUUGUUCAAGACAGAGUUGACUUGGCAAUUCAAGGAAUUGAGAAAAAGUCAAAAGAUGUAAAUGAUGCGGAUUUCGCCGAUAUGGAUAAGAAGGCCAGAUCCAGCAUAAUCUUAAAUCUCUCUGAUGAGUUUUCAACAUAUGAAUCAAUUGAAGGUGGAGUUGUCUUAAUGGGUAACAACACCGUUUGUAAAGUUGUUGGCAAAGGCACAAUCCGGAUUAAAAUGUAUGAUGGUAUUGUGAGGACGCUCACAAAUGUUAGAUAUGUUCCAGAUUUGAAGAAAAAUCUCAUCUCUUUGGGCACUCUUGAGUCUAUUGGGUGCAGGUAUUCAGGUGGAGAUGGAGUUCUCAAAAUCACUCGAGAAGCUCUUGUUGUUAUAAAGGCACACAGAUCUGGUACUCUAUAUAUUUUGCAGGGAUCUAUUAUUACAGGUGCUGCUGCUAUUUCAACAUCAUCUUUGUCAGAUAUAGACAUUACUAAAUUAUGGCAUAUGCGUUUGGGGCACAUGAAUGAAAAAGGCUUCGGCAUACUAAGCAAAAGAGGACUUCUUUGUGGACAAAGUACCGGGCCAUUGGAAUUCUGUGAACACUGUAUUUUUGGGAAGCAGAAAAGAGUCAGCUUUAGUUCACCAGCAAUUCACAAGACAAAAGGUACUCUUGAUUACAUUCAUUCAGAUCUAUGGGGUCCUUCUCGUGCUCCUUCUAAAGGUGGUGCCAGGAAUUGUUCUGCAUCACACCAUCAGGAUGACAACUCAACAAAAUGGUGUGGUCGAACGUAUGAACAGAACGCUUUUGGAGAGAGCAAGAUGUAUGAUCUCCAAUGCAAGGUUGACAAGCGACUUUUGGGCAGAGGCAAUCAAUAUGGCCUGUUAUAUUAUCAACUGUUCUCUUUCUGCAUCUCUUGA